AUGAUCGACGAUAGCUCUCCUAAUGGGGAUCGCCACCUUGCUCGACCAAUCCUUGACUGCUUGAAGGAGGUACAAUUUUCCUUUAGGGACACAAAGCCAGGGCUACGACUCCAUUCCUCCAGGGAUGUUAGCUGGCAGCCUCCUUUGACACUGUAUCUUAAAUUAAAUACAUAUGAGGCCUCAAAGAGUCAAACGACUGAAGCAGCUUGUGAAGGGCUUCUUCGUGACCAUAUAGAAGUUUGGCUAGGGCGGUUUGCUGCAAGAAUUGGACAUUGUGCUGCUUUACAAGAAGAACUGUGGGGCUUUGAGCCAAUAUUACCUGAUAUACGUUUGGUUAUGUAUACCAAGUAUGAUUUUAUUAAGGAUCUUAAUCCUUCUAAGGAGGAGUGGAGGAUUAAGGCUAGAGUUGUUAGAACAUGGAAGGUUCCUAAUUUUCAGCAAAUUUUUUUUGACGACAACGUAAAGAUGAUUCUGUUAGAUGAAAAGGGUGGAAGGGUCCACGCUGCUAUCAAGGGUUCUUUAAAUAUCCGUAACAAAAUUCAUGAAGAAGUUUAUUUCAUAAAAUUUUUUGGAGUUGGUUUGAAUAGUGGGAGUUUUAGGCCAACUAAGCAUGAUUAUCGUUUGUCCUUCAACUUGAGGACUGAUGUAAAAUCCACUAUUGAUUCUGCUAUUCCCACCAAUGGAUUUGAUUUUGUAGAUUUUGACGUUAUAGAGAAAGAGUCUUCUGAUUCCCCUUAUUUAGUAGAUGUCAUCGGUUUAGUUUCUGGAAUAGGGGAAGUUCGUGAGCAUAUUAUCUCCGGUAGGAAGACAAAAAUGGUUGUCGUGGAGCUUGAUAACCUCAGGCUUUCGUCUGAUGUCAUUGAUAGCGGUUACACGUUGUCUCAGUUAUCAAGUCAGUCCUCAUAUUCUUUUGAGAAUGAUUUCCUGAAAGAGACGGAAAGGAAGUGUAUCAGUGAUGUUAAGAAUUGCAGUGAGGUUACUACUUGCAUUACUUAUGGAACCAUAAAAUCGAUUGAGAGCAAAUAUAAAUGGUGGUACAAGUCCUGUAAUAAAUGUCCAUAUUCUGUUUAUGAAGAUUUCGAGAAAUGGUAUUGUAAAAACUGCCAAAAACAUUUUGAUGAUUAUUAUCCAAAAUUUUGUGUGCAGUUGAGAGUUGUGGAUCACACUGAUUCUGCAUCUUUCAUUCUGUUUGAUAGAGACUGUGUUGCUUUGUUGGGCAUGAGUGCUGCGGAUUUACGUGAGCAGCAUUUCAAAAGGGGUGAUGAUUUCGAGCACUAUCCUAAGGAACUUAAUGUUCUUAUUGAUAAAUCCAUGUUGUUUAAAGUGAAUGUGAAAAAAAAUAAUUUGGACUCAUACAGUGAGCCUAGGUAUCAGAUUUCUAAAGUAUGUAUAAGCGAACCUGUAAUCACAUCCUUCCUUAAGACUGUUGUGGAUACGAAUGAUGAAGGAUUAUUUGACAAGGCUUGCGACAGUGUCGUUGCAUCAGCAGAACCGGAAAGAGCUACGGGUUGUACAAGUUAUGAAGAUUUGAGAACGGUCAAUGGGGUGCUUUUUCCUACAUAUAAGGAUGCCUGUUAUUCUUUGGGGCUUUUGGAUGAUGACAAUGAGUACAUUGAUGCAAUUAAGGAGGCAAGUUCUUGGGGGCCUGAAAAUGUUUUCCAAAAAUGCUGGGAAUUACUAUCUGACGAUGUUCUUUAUCGGCAUAGGCAAAGAAUUGGACGUGAAGAUGCUUUGCUUACAGAGGAUUCUAUAAAAAACAUAACCCUGGCAGAAAUCGAUAAGGUGUUGCAAAGCAACGGUAAAUGCUUCUCUGAUUACCCAUCCAUGCCGAGCAUCAUGGGUGAAUCUUUAUUGGAUAUGCAGAAUAGAUUGGUGAUGGAUGAAUUGUUGUAUGACAAUUUCUCUUUGAAAGAAGAGCAUGACAGACUACUGAAUUCACUCACUGAUGAGCAAAGGGUUGUUUAUGACAAAAUAAUUUCAGCUGUUUCGACAGGUAAAGGAGGAUUUUUUUUCCUGUACGGCUUUGGUGGGACUGGAAAAACAUUUAUUUGGAACACCCUGUCAGCAUUUGUUCGAUCUCGAGCUGAAAUAGUGCUUAAUGUUGCUUCUAGCGGAAUUGCUUCUAGCGGAAUUGCUUCACUUCUUCUUCCUGGAGGACGUACGACACAUUCUAGAUUUCGUAUUCCUAUACAGAUCACCGAAGAUUCAACAUGUAAUAUAAAACAAAAUUCUACUUUAGCAGAGUUGUUGUCAAAAACAAAGUUAAUCAUUUGGGAUGAAGCACCGAUGGUACACAAAUUUUGCUUUGAGGCUCUUGAUAGAACACUUAGAGAUGUUCUUAGCUGUGUUGAUAUGCCCUUUGGUGGAAAAGUUGUCGUUCUAGGAGGUGACUUUCGGCAAAUAUUACCUGUCAUUCCAAAUGGCAGUAGACAAGAUAUAGUUCAUGCAACCAUCAAUUCUUCCUAUUUGUGGUCCCAUUGUCAUCUGUUAUCUUUGACCAAGAACAUGCGUCUCAAUUCUGGAAGUAGCACUAAUAAUUUGUUGGAAAUAAAAGAAUUUUCUGAGUGGUUGCUCAAAAUAGGAGAUGGUGAUCUUGGGGAUGAUGUUGAUGGAGAAUCUAUUAUAACAAUUCCGGAUGAAUUGUUGAUCAAAGGUUCAGAAUACCCACUUUCAGAUAUUGUUGAUUUUGUUUACCCGAAUCUGAUGGAUAAUAUAUUAGAUCCUACUUUCUUUAAAGAACGUGCUCUUCUGAUUCCUAAAUUGUCCGAUGUUGCCAUGUUAAACGAGCACCUAAUGGCUGUGAUUCCGGGUGAAGAAAGGACAUUAUUGAGUUCAGAUAAGGUUUUGAAACAAGACGGUAAUUCAUCUCUUGAGGAUGACGAAAUCUCCCCUGAUAUCUUAAAUACAUUCUCAUGUUCGGGGAUUCUUGAUCAUAAAUUAACUUUGAAGGUUAAAGUACCGAUGAUGCUAUUGAGAAAUAUUGAUCAAUCAAGAGGUUUAUGCAAUGGUACGAGAUUACUUAUUACAAAGUUGGGGAAUCAUGUUGUUGAGGCAAUUGUUCUUACAGGAAACAAUAUAGGAGAUACUGUGUUAAUCCCUAGAAUGACGAUCAGCCCAUCGGGUCAUACAUUUCCAGUAAACUUCAAAAGAAGACAAUUCCCCUUGGUAGUUUCGUUUGCGAUGACUAUCAACAGAAGUCAAGGACAGUCGCUGUCUCAUGUUGGCAUUUAUCUUCCUAGGUCUGUCUUCACUCAUGGGCAAUUAUAUGUGGCACUAUCUAGAGUAAAGAGCAUACAUUGA